CGUUUAUCCGUCGCCUUGUGACUCGCGUGUAUUUUCUUAACCGCGGAGUGUUUAAAUGCCGGCAGACUGACGCGUAAAAUUUUCGAAACCAAAAACUGAGAGUGGACAGCAUGGAGUCGAUAUCAGCGAAAAACGUUAACAAGCUCAUCGGUACCCACGAGCCGCCCAAACCCAUCACCAACGCUUCCAACAAGCGCCCCAACGACGUAAAACUGCAAGACAUCGAGGAACAAUUGGAGAAGGCCGAAAACAGGUGCAACACCUUGAAGAACCAGCUCGACUCGAUGAAGGAGCGAUACGGGGUCAGUAGAAGGUCGAAGGAGUCUAACGUCAUAGGAACGGAUACCAGCGGGGCAGCCGUAAGGACGAUCAACAACAUCCUGAACGGGAUCGCCAAGUCUGUGAACCGACUAUCCGAGAUCGCGACCCCCAGGCCCCAGGAUCUGGUACCCGCACCAACCAUCGACGUCCGUGUAUCGAAUCGUGAAGCAAGCAGGCAGCCAGAACCGGUGGCGAAUCGGAAAGCCAGGAGGAGGAAAUGUAGGGGACAGAAGACGACGUCGUCGCGUCAUCUGAUCACGAAACAGUCGGAGAAGAGGACCCAGAGCCUGGAACAAAGGUCGUCGGCAUUCUUGAGAAAACGCUACUUCAACAAGGCCCGGGGCGGCAAUCUCAUAGAGAUCUACCACAACGAGGCGGUGAAACACAGCGACUCGGAUGAGAGUCAUGCGAAGAAGUCGCGGCAAAGAGACGAAGUGCCGCCCCUCGAUGUGGCCGUCGACCAAGAGCGAUGCCGCUACGAGACCCCAGAAGCACCCCGUACGGUAGUCAGUUGUUAUUCGAGAAACUACGAACUGCCGACGGUUGCCUCGAGGAUGAAACAAGUGGCGAAAAGUUACCUGAGCACGCUCAACUUCAAGACAAUACCGUUCUGCGCAGCAAUUUCCACCACCCAAAGUCACAAUAUCGGGAUCAACAUUCAGCAGGUAAUGAACAUCAUCAAGAACCGGCAACCGAUCAACGGGAUAUCGCCUACGCUGGCCCACAACAUCGGCCUCGCUGCAGAGAAAAUGAAUAGCAAGCCGUUCUCGGCGUUGGUGUCGACUAUCAACUCGAAACUGGGGACUACCGCUUCACGAUGUCCGCUAUCCAGAACGUACCUAAACCUGCAGCAGCUGCAGGAGCAAGCGAAACACGUGCCACAGGACAUAAUAGACGAGGUCGACGAAGAAGAGAUCGAAUCACCCGAAAUGAACAUCAUAACCGUCACCGGCCCCUCUGGGGACAUGGAAAUCAAAAACAAGAAAGUGCCCAAUUGGAGCGUCGACAAGAACGCCUCAACGGAGCGGUGCACCUGCGUCGCUCAACCUUGCGUGGACCUACAGCGCCUGGCCGUGAAACAUCGAAGACUGAGUCACGCUAAUACGGUCAGCGACGCGUUGCAGGUUGCAGAACCGACAACCCUGAAGGGUGCCCACAUCAAGACGAGAGAAAAGAACCUGAAAGAAGUGCUGAGCAACCUGCACCGCGAUUUUGCCACUCUCAACAAUAAAUACGAGCAACUUGCGGCGAAGACGUCGCACCACGACACGUCCGGGGAGCUGGAGAAGCUCGAGGGGGAGCUGUCGAAAAAGGAGGAAGAGAUCACGAUGGUGAUGACGCUGUGCAAGGAGGUGAUGGCACUCAAACAGCAGAUCAAACAGCUGAAGGAAAAGCGGAGUCGGACCAGCGUGGUCGCGAGGUCGAAAUUUAAGGAAUACAAUAACCCGGAGGCGGCGUUUCACCUGACAAAACUCCUCAAACAGAUACAACGCUAUCAGAUGCGGUACAAGACGAAUUUUAGCGACGAAUAGAGUUCCGACGAUGUGUUUGCGAAUAAUAAAAGAAAGUUUUUCGCCCACCUGUGUAGCGAGUCAGCCACCUACGUGUGGACGUAGAAAUCGGAACGCACGCGUUUCCCAUUCAUAAUGGGGAUAAUUGUUACAUCUAGAGGCGGGCAAAUUAUAUGGGGCGACAACACGCCGGUUGUGUCAUCAAUGGUUCGCAGAUAGACGCCGACAAUUUAUGGCCUGGGACCUCACAGCACCAACCUUUUCAAUUACUGUUAUUUCGUAUUCGAAAAUGGAGGCAAAUUAUGGUCUUCUCUCCCCCCUCCCCCGAACAA